CGGAUGAAACUGCGGGAAGUUUUCUCUGUGCUCAUGCUCCUUUUCAGUUUUCCACGCGGCUAGAAAUCGACCUGGGAGUAUUCUGACACCAAUGAGCAGGAAAAAGGCACUACAUUAUGAAAAUAUUAACAUCAAGAAAGAUCAACAGCAAAAUCAUUGCUCAAAUCUCCCACGACUUUAUGAAGUAAUAAUAUUGCAGGAGGAAAAAAAGAGGUUUGUCCCUAUGAAGUCAAUCACCCCAGCUCCUGUUGCAUAUAAUGAAUCUCGAACUGCUUUCAAGCCCUUGAAGAAAACACCAGGACUGAAAAAUACCUCAUUUGGUCAAAGUGCUGCUCGAUUCACACAAGACUCUAGGACAGAGAAAAUGCCAGGUCCUGGGUUUUAUAAUAUCCCAAACAAUACUUUAAUUGACAACUUUAGCAAUACCUGCUUGAAGAAACAAAAGAAAAGUGCAUUUGGUUCUUCUGUUCCUCAGACUCUCUUCCUGGUUCAGAAAGACGUUUUUCCUACUCCUGGGCCUGCUGGCUAUAAGGCCUGUGAAAUUUCUGAUGAACUACCUAACUUGACUAAUCGAUAUGCUGCUUUCUCGUCAAGAACAGAAAGAACUACUAAAGUAUCAGAUAUGGAUGUUCCAGCACCAGGCACCUAUGAUGUUCAAAAAUCAUAUGAGAUGUCUCAAGUUCAACAUAAAUACAUGCCACCUCGUAGUUUGGUGGCCAGAAUAAAACAUGCCUCGUUUCUUAGCACAACUCAUCGGUGCCUGGACAAAGUGAAUGAUGGGCCAGGGCCUGCAACAUACAAUCCUGUUUUAAAGAAAUCUUGCUCCAUACCCUUAUUUGUUAAAGCAUCAAAGCGUUUUAAAGACUCCAAAGAGAUUACUCCUGGUCCAGCGACAUAUGAGCGAGAACUCCAUGUGAAGAAGAAAUCAGGGUGAUGCAGCAGAAGCUAAGGAAUUCUGAAGAUCGCCAGAAAACUACCAGAAGCUAGGAGAGAGGCAUGGAACAGAAUCUCCCUCAUAGCCCACAGAAACA